UUGGAAGCGGCGACUAUUUGAGGCAGGGAACGGGAGAAUCUGUGCUGCCGGGGGCCCACUCUUUCUCCUUGUCCGUGUUUGUCAUCGAGGCAGCUCCCUGCCCUUGUCCUGCAGUGCCCAGGUGGGGCUUCCGGGCAGAGAGCGUCUGUGUCCCCCGGGGCUGGUGCUCUGGUGGGGUGUGUGUGAACGCGCUUUUAGGGUGGGGGUUGAAACAGUUAGGAAGAAUGACUUUGGAGUCCAUCAUGGCGUGCUGCCUGAGCGAGGAAGCCAAGGAAGCCCGGCGGAUCAACGACGAGAUCGAGCGGCAGCUGCGCCGGGACAAGCGGGACGCCCGACGGGAACUGAAGCUGCUGCUGUUGGGCACAGGAGAGAGUGGCAAAAGCACGUUCAUCAAACAGAUGAGAAUCAUUCACGGAUCAGGUUACUCUGAUGAAGACAAAAGGGGAUUUACAAAACUGGUGUACCAGAAUAUAUUUACAGCAAUGCAGGCCAUGAUCAGAGCCAUGGAUACCCUGAAAAUCCCAUACAAGUACGAACAUAAUAAGGUGAGAUUUUUGUUUAUUUCCAUAGUUGAAACUUUUCCUCUUUUAUCUUUAGGAAAUGUACUGAAGGUCUCUAAAAAUUUUAAAUCACAUACAAAUUAUAUUUUACCUAAAGUUUAGAAGAAAAGUGCUUCUUCCAGUCCUGCCUCUAGUUCUCUGCCCUUUGCACUGCUCUGACAACAGAGGUGCUGUUCUUAACAAGACUGUCUAGAGGGUUUAUUAUUGUGAGAAGGUAAAGGGCAGGCUGGUGUUUGCCUGUGACAGAGUUGCUUUGAAUCCCUUUCACUUCUCUAAUUCUCAUGUACAUCAGAGUUCAUGAAAUGUAUGCCUUGGCUGGGGCAAGUAAUACUGUGAAAAAACCUGUUAUGAUUAAGGUAUUUUCGUACUAAUUAAGUUUUAUUUCAGGUUGAUGACUUUGCAUUUGUCUUCACUUGACCAAUAGGGCAGUGUAGCAGUUGUAUUAAUAUAAUAAAUAAAAGGUCCUUGGGACUAGGCAGUGACACCAAUGUGGUGUGUAACAAAUGCCUUGCUUUAUUGGAAGAGACAAGAGCUUAUAUAGUAGUUUCAAAUGGUGACACAUCACAACACAUGACCUUCUCAACCAAUCUUAUACAAACAUUCAACUGUACAUGUUUGAUAGAGUACUUAAAAACUACAACUCCCAGGAUGCUUUGCUAGCACCCAUCCCAUAACCAGACCCCACAGGGCAGAGUUUAAAUUUGGUUUGUUUUGUUUUAGUUAACCUUGUUACCUAAUUUGUAUACAGUGUAACAAU